GCUAGACGUGUCGUUCCUUCCAUACUCUGGAGUCUGGACCACUGCAAGGUAGACAUUGCAUUGACAGGUGAUGUGACGGGUCGAGAAUAAGUAAAGUUUGCGCGCUUGUCGAUCUACGCGCGACAACGUGAGCAGGUCUCAUGGCCAAACGGGGUCCGAAGAUCCGUAUUGCCCAGGCCGCGAUAUAAGUACUUCGGCUCUGGGCUGCGAGAGUCCUCCAAGAUAUACCUUGUUGAUUUCCGGGUAUGUCUGCCACGAACGAGAAAACAAACGAGUUCCUCCCUGGUGUCUUGCCACCGCGUACGGGCAGGACGUUGUCGAGCGGCAGGAUAGUGGCACUGAGGACGGGUCUGGUGGUACUGGCUGUACUAUUCGCAUCCACUUUUCUAUGGAUGGCGCCAUGUAGCAUUGGGCCGUACCGGUCCCACCAGGAAGUCACUGCAGAUAUCUGCCCUCAGGUGUCUGAGCUCAUCCCAAAGUCCAACGGCGCUUUGUGGAAGUCUUUGGGUGACACCUAUGAAACUGAUGCAUUUAAGAUGAGAGCGAUAGACUGGCUUGCAGGGGCCGUUAGAAUCCCAACAGAAUCUUAUGAUCAGAUGGGUCCUGUCGGGACUGACCCACGCUGGGAGAAAUUUGGUGCUUUUCAUGACUAUCUGUUGAAGGCCUUUCCACUGGUUCAUGCUUCCCUUGAAGUUACGAAAGUCAAUACGUAUGGCCUGAUAUACGUAUGGAAAGGAACGAGCAGCUCUCUCAAGCCUCUCUUGCUUGCAGCCCACCAAGACGUUGUUCCCGUGGAGGAUACCACAAUUGACCAAUGGCAGCAUCCACCUUUUUCUGGGUACUUCGACGGUGAGCGAGUAUGGGGACGCGGCUCGCAAGACGACAAAAGCGGGCUGAUAGGUGAGCUCUUCGCAAGUUAUACGCUUUACGUUUGGCCAAUCAUGGAUGCACAGGCAUCAUGUAUAAUAUAUCUCAUAGCCUUUCUCUCACUCUCACUUAUGUUUUGCGUUAGGUCCGCCAUGGAGAGCAUGCUGGAGAACAAGUUUCAGCCAGCUCGAACCGUAGUUUUGGCAUCCGGUUUCGACGAGGAGACCAGCGGCCUUCAUGGCGCUCAAAUGUUGGCACCAGUAUUACUGGAGAUGUUCGGUGAAAACGGUUAUGCUAUGCUAGUGGAUGAAGGCUCUGGAUAUGGCGAACAGUUUGGCCGAGUCGUCGCAACUCCCGGUAUUUCCGAGAAAGGGUAUUUGGAUGUGAUGAUAAAUAUCGCAUCUCCUGGUGGACACUCAAGUCUUCCACCGCUUCACACUAGCAUUGGCAUACUGGCGGAUAUGCUCGUCAAUAUUGAGAGAAAUCCAUUCGAAGUCCAUCUUGCAAGAGGUUCACCGACGUACAAGAUUGCGCAAUGUCUUGUUCACACACCUGACCUUCCUGCAUCGCUGCGAAGAGAUAUCAUUCACGCAGAACACAAUGAACUUGCUCUUCGCCGCGCUGAGCAAGAACUCUUCAAGAACCCGAUGUUCAAAAAUCUUGUCGGAACCACUCAAGCUAUUGACCUCAUUCAUGGAGGGGUAAAAGUCAAUGCCCUGCCAGAGCAAGCUUGGGCGGUAGUGAAUCAUCGCAUUUCGACGCAGAGUUCCGUUACUGCAACGAAAAGGCGUGACACUGAGCUGCUCAUAUCGCUAGCAAGCCAAUUCAACCUAUCAUAUACCGCUUUUGGUGCUAGGAUUACUGAUGCCGAUGCUCCCGCGUUUGGCACCUUGACACUAUCUGAGGCUUAUACGCAUGGGCUCGAGCCUGCUCCAGUCUCACCCACCGGACAUGACGCCGUUCCUUAUCAAUUGUUAUCUGGCACUAUCAGAGCUGCAUAUAACUCUCACAGAGGUCUCUCAGACGAUGAUAGCUUGAUCAUCAGUCCUGGAAUUAUGUCAGGCAACACAGACACGAGGUACUAUUGGAAGCUGACUGAGCACAUCUUCCGCUAUGGCCAUACAGAUGGUGCUAGGGGUGGAAGCAUCAUUUCUGGGGUACACACCGUCAACGAGGCCAUCAAAAUCAGCAACUUCGUUGAAAUGAUUCGAUUCUUCACCACACUUAUUCUCAACGUUGAUGAAUCGGAGUUGCCUUGAGUCUAAGACUCUAUACAAUAGGUUUUAUGCGGCGGAAGCUUUAUAGCAUUUGAAUUAAAUUGGUAGAUACCACGGUCCACGGAUAAGAUAUGUAGCGACGACUCAUGACAACCUUUUGGCACCAAACCUUCACAUGACACUUGACCUUCUGACUUGUGCUGAU